AUGGCUUUACUCACCUCCCUUUCGAAGCUGAGGACCAGUCUUUGCAAUGAUCUGGCGAUGUCAGUCUCGAGUGAGAAUGAGCCCGUCAACCUGCUGGCACUGGAUGGCGGCGGCAUCAGGGGAGUUUCUGAGCUCGUCAUACUUGAUGAAGUGAUGAAGACAGUGCAGCAAAAGGGGAACCUUGCUAGUCUUCCAAAGCCAUGCGACUAUUUCCACCUAUUUGGGGGCACGAGCACUGGAGGCCUCGUAGCAAUCAUGCUCGGUCGCUUAGAAAUGGGUACUCAAGAAGCGCUGGAAGCAUACGAUAAUUUCGCCAGCGCGAUCUUCUCCAAGAGGCGGCUUAGCAUCACGGAAAAGUACAAGGCCAAGGCCCUCGAAAAAACGGUCAAGAAACUCGUGCGGGAGCAAGGGAAGGGCAGUGUUAUGCGGAACCGGCGGCCAACCCAAGAAAAGGGUCAUGCUUUCGUCUGCACCAUGCCCGCGCAGCGACACAAGGAGACCGUCUGCCUCAGGACAUAUGAUGUCGCAGGAGACAAGUACCCUAACUGUCUCAUAUAUGAAGCAGCUCGGGCGACCACCGCGGCGACCACGUAUUUCAAACCAAUGGCCAUCAAGGAUGAGGAAGGCAAGGAAGAGAAGUUUGUGGAUGCCGCCUUGGGAACUAAUAACCCGAUUUCGAUCUUAUGGGACGAGGCUGUCAGUCUUUUUGGCAAGAAGCGCAGGCUCGGCUGUGUCGUCAGCCUUGGCACGGGGUCUCGCAAAGUUGAAAUGGCACCAGGAGGAGAGAAGCUCAUUGAGAAGGCCAAGUUCCUCAUCAGCGCGAUCAAGGUGAUGAAAGAGAUCGGAACUGACUCGGAAAAGGAUCAUGAGAGAUGGCAGACAAAAUUUGAGGAAUUUGACAAUACUUAUUUCCGUCUCAACGUUGACGGAGGUGCUCAGGGCAUUGAGCUAUCGGACUGGGAGAAGAUAGGGGAACUAAAAGCAAGGACCAGGGAGUAUUUGCAAAAUUCCAAGGUCAAAAAAUCGAUUGAUGACCUAGCUGAAGUCCUUCUGGGAAACAAGAAUUCAGGUUUGAACCUUGCUCAUGGCGCCAGUCUCAGCAAAGAAACCACCAUACCAGCAGAGCCAAGAGCUAUUCGCAGGGGUAAAUCUAGCAACAUCUUCACAGGCCGAGAGACAAUUUUGAAGAGGCUUGACAAGCACUUUGGACCUCGUGAGCCCGGGAAUACAUCAAGGCGGGAAUUCCACCUCCGUGGCAUGGGCGGCGUGGAGGAGAGAAAGGACCCGGUGCAAGAUGUCCUUACGUGGCUGCAGAAAAGUGACGAAGAGUGGUUGCUCGUGUUCGACAACGCCCCAGCCACUAGUCUCGCUAAUUACUUGCCUGACGGAAACCACGGCAACGUCCUCUACACCAGCAGACAACACAAUUUGGAGCCACGUCUUCGGCCAGAAUGUGUUGCGUCUAUUGAGACAAUGGAUACCCCAGAAGCCAUACUCCUCUUGCUGCGAUCCGCCCAGAAGCCUGUCGAAGAUAGCGACAAUCAUGAAUUGGCAAGGCCGAUCGUCAAUGCAUUGGGCUUAUUGCCUUUAGCUAUUGACCAAGCUGGGGCCUACAUACAUAUGGCGCCUUGUCCCCUAGAGGAGUACUUGGAAGUCUUCAACGAGCAAAAAGAGGUGCUUCUUCGCAGCCCACGCUUCAAGGGCAGCGAUGAGAAGCGGCAUGUCGCCGUCUACGCCACAUUCAAUAUCUCUUACAGGGCUAUCAAAGCCUUUGCUGACAAGAAGGAGGACCUUGCUAGGGCCAAGGACGCUCAAACUGCCCUCAAGCUCCUCAACCUGAUCUGUUUCUAUCAUAACGAGGGUUUCAUUGGCAUCAUUUUCGAACGGGCAGCCACAAACCGCUACCGAAUGGGAAGAGUGGAACAUUUCCCCUGGAAGGCUUGCGAAGUUGAACUUGAGGAUCUAAUCGAGACUUUUGAAACAGACAUCACACCGGAGCAUCCCGACGGGAGAGACUGGUUAUGUGCCGACGUUGUCCACGGCCUUGGUUUCCUGAACGAAUUCUCACUCCUCAAAUUCGACAUCUCUGUGGAUUACGUCAAUAUGCACAUCCUCGUGCAUGACUGGGCGAGAGACCGAAUGGAUAGCAAAGAGAAGUCCGACUGGGGGGUUGCGGCUAAGAGCUUGAUCAUGGACUCCAUCACAAUCAAGGGUGACGUUCGAAGCCUUCAAUACCGCCGCGAUAUAGUGCCACAUAUGGAAGCCUGCCUAAAGCGCGUCAACGCUGAGCAUGAUGAUCUUGCUCUAGAGAGUGAAUACCUGAUCACAGCGGCGAAGGUCUUCCAGCAAGUUUUCAACUUGGAUGCCGCAGAGGCCAUGUUGGAAAAGGCAAUAGAGUAUAGGAAAAUUUAUUUCGGCCUGCUUCAUCCCAGCCCCUUCAAAGCCAUGUCUGCGCUUGCGCGUCUGUACGCCGAUCGUACGAACUAUCCAAAAGCGGUGGAGUUGUACUUGGAGGUCAUAGACAGACGUACACUUUAUCUGAAGGAGCUGAAGUGGCAAGCUUUCCAGGAAGCACAUGCGACUACUGCGGACGAAGAGGCGCACCACAAGGCCGUAUUUGACGCUUACGACCCUCUCGACGAUCAACAGCUCCGGAGCCUUAAAUCUGCGUUGGCGUCCGUCCUCGUCACAGUGGAUAAUAUGUCAGCAGCCGCGGAUCUUUUCGUGGAAUUAAUGAGAUGGAACGAGGCAAAACAUGGCAGCGGGAGCGAGCAGGCGCGCAAGUUCCGAAACUUUGCCGAAAGAGCUCGAGUCGCCCAAGACCCCCGGAACGGCGGCGAUAGCAAGGACAUGACCAUCCAAGGGGCACAAGAGAACCUUGAAAAUACGAAGACUGAGUUGGGAGAAUUCCACCCCUCAACGAUGCGCGCAAAAAAGCACCUAGCUAGAGCGCUGAUAAGAGCAGGCGCAUUGACGGAGGCACAAAAGCUCUUGUGGAACGUGUGCCAAUGGAGCGAGGACCUCUACGGCAAGGACUCUUCGCAGCAUGCUGACGCGGUGCUCGAGAUGGCUCAUUUGCUAUGGCUACAGAAUCGAUUGUAUGAUGCAGGGGACAUGUACACUCUUGCAAUGUACAAUUACGGCAUCAAGCUCGGAAAACACCACCCGAAGACCCUCGGAAGCAUGCAACACCUGGCAGUGUGCUUCGCUGGCAGGGCUGAGUUUACAAGGGCUGCCGAAAUAAUCGAAGAUUGCCUGGGUGGAUGCAAGGUCGUCUUGGGCGCUGACCAUAGCCUGACGCUCUUCUGUGCCCAUGCCUCAAAUCAAUUUCGCUAUUACGAAAAAACAGUCCCAGAAUACGUCAGGGCCGAUGUUUACAACAGCGCAGUUGAGGCCAACAGAGAUGCCUGGGGAGACCUGGCGCCGCAAUGGAUGCAAGAAUGGAAGCCUGUUUCCACAGAGACGAUGAUGCGUGAAUGUCUUGAGCGCGGAGAAACUCUUCAAAAAUACAAAUUGGAGGAAGUCGAUGUUGAAGGUUAUCCUUUCUUUCAGCUGACACCCGUUGAAGAGCACGUGGGACUGCAGGCGAUGGAAAUUACACUGCAAUGA